AUGCGCGAUCUAGUGUCUGAAAUAAAAGAUAGGCAUCGCAGAAAGCUUGAAAGUCUUUCCAGCGAACAAGAAAAACCCCUCCACAAUGUAAAGAAUACUGUCAAGAUUGUGGGAGACAUCAAAGUGCCGAAACACCCAGUGUGCGACAAGUUUAGCGACUUAAACUUCUUAGCAGAUGUGGAUCGUCUCCUGUACAACUUGAAAACUAAUGAUAUCGAGAAUGACAAGUUUUAUGAAGUGAACAUCUUGCCCACCUCACGGAAAGAGGCUACUUUGAAAGUGGAAGACCAGUUCAACAGAACACUGAAGCAACUUGCCGACAGUGAGAAGAUUCCAAUGUCGCUCUGUCAACACCUUCGUUCUACGGGUGCCCAACCGGCCAGGUUAUAUGGAUUGGCAAAAGUACACAAACAAGCAACCCCCCUUAGACCGGUGCUCUCUUUACCUGGUAGCUGCUAUGAUAAGAUCAAUAAGUGGAUUGCUAAUUUGUUCCGUCGGGUCCCUGGUGCCAAUAUUGAAACAUCCAACACUGACAUGAAAAAGAGACUCACGGACGUACAAUUGCUGGACGACGAAGAGAUUUUUUCUUUAGACGUGAAAAGUCUUUACACUAACGUACCAGUUGCGGAGGCCAUUGACAUAGCUUGCCACCUGCUUUACAACUCUUACUCGGCCCCGGAAAUCGACAGAGAUACAUGCAAGCAACUCAUGCAACUGGCAGUUACUGAUGUCAACUUCAUGUGUGGCGAUAAAUGGUACGUUCAAAAGGAUGGAGUCGUGAUGGGAGCUGCAAUGGCGGUUAGUCUGGUCAAUGUGUGGAUGAAGCCGUUUGAAGAUGACAUUGCCUCAGAUGAACCACACUCCAUCAAUACAGAGCAAGAAAGAUCUGCGACUGAUGAUAAGACAAUGUGUCCCGUCUGCGCCAAGAAGGUUACUUGGAAAAUAUACUCUAUACGGUGCAAGAAAUGCAAGUUCUGGUUUCAUCGUAAAUUCAGUGAGAUCUCACUCAAUGCAAUAAAGAACAUGCAUGGUGACCAGUGA